AGUUGAUUGGUCAGUCGCGUUGCGAUGAGGUUUUGCUCGGAAGUUGUGCAGUGCUGAUGGUGCAAGUGUGGCAUAAACGGAGAAGGCGGGUAUUACAUUUACAUUUCAAACCAUGCAGCGUUGUUAGGUGUUAUAUGAUGAUUGUACGAUAGUCUCAGUUUUGUGCGUUCAGACAGAAGCGGAAGUGUGUGUGUGUAUGUGUGUGUGUGUGUGUGCAGAAGAGUUGAAAUUACUUCGGUGAAGCAGUGAUGAAGAUGUUCGUCAUUCCGCUGUGUGUGUGGUGUGUGUGUGGACUUUAUGUGCAUUGUCAGUCUCCUCCUCAUGUGGUGUUUAUCCUGGCUGAUGAUAUGGGUUUUAAUGAUGUGGGUUAUCACGGAUCUGAGAUUAAAACUCCUGUCCUGGACCGCCUCAGCGCCGCAGGGGUCCGACUGGACAACUACUAUGUCCAGCCACUGUGUACUCCAUCCAGGAACCAGCUACUGACAGGGAGAUACCAGAUCCACACAGGGCUGCAGCAUCAGAUUAUCUGGCCAUGUCAGCCAUACUGUGUUCCUCUGGAGGAGAAGCUGCUGCCAGAGCUAAUGGUGGAGGCGGGUUACUCCACCCACAUGGUGGGCAAGUGGCACCUGGGCAUGUACCGGAGAGAGUGUCUACCCACGCGCCGAGGCUUCCAAUCCUUCUUCGGUUAUUUGACAGGAUCAGAGGAUUAUUACACUCAUGAGCGCUGUAGCUUCAUUACACCACUGAAUGUCACGCGCUGCGCUCUGGACCUUAGGGAGGGCGAGGACACAGCGCCAUUGUACCGCACAUUGUAUUCUACUGAACUCUUCACACGCCGAGCGGUCAACAUCAUACUCAACCACAACACACAAACGCCUCUGUUCCUGUAUGUAGCUCUGCAGGCGGUUCACGCUCCAUUACAGGUUCCUGAGCACUACACCGAGCCCUACAGCUUCAUUAAGGACCCUUCGCGCAGGCAUUAUGCAGGAAUGGUGUCUGCUAUGGACGAAGCUGUAGGGAACAUCAGCAGGGCGCUGCAGGAUGCAGGGAUUUGGAACAACACCAUACUCAUCUUCUCCACAGAUAAUGGGGGUCAGACGCUGAGCGGGGGGAGUAACUGGCCCCUGCGUGGCAGGAAGUGGUCUCUCUGGGAGGGUGGAGUCAGGGGUGUGGCCUUUGUCACUGGACCACUGGUGGAGCGACCCGGUACUGUGAGCCGAGAGCUCAUACACGUCUCUGACUGGCUGCCCACGCUGGUGGGUGUUGCUGGAGGAUCGACCAAUGGGACGAAGCCGUUAGAUGGGUUUAACGUGUGGGACACUAUCAGCAAAGGAAAAGCCUCUCCAAGACAGGAAUUGUUACACAACAUUGAUCCGCUUUAUGUUGACAUCGCUCCAUGUCCAGGAAAAGCUGAAGUAGCGCAACAGGAAAUGCUCGACUCGUUAAGGAGAGACUCGUUAAGGAGAAACUCAUUAAGGACAGGGUCUGCUUCUGUGGCACGCUUUAAUGUCUCCAUGCAUGCUGCUAUUCGCUACAAGAACUGGAAGCUCCUGACUGGAUAUCCUGGUUGUCCUAUAUGGUUCCCUCGUCCAGGUGAGAUGGAAGGUGGAGUCUCAGAUGAAGCUCCUCCCCUUAAGCAGGUGAUGCUGUUUGACAUCGACACUGAUCCUCAAGAGAGGAAAGAAAUUUCCCAUCAGCACCCGGAAAUUGUGGACUUCCUGUUAAAGCGGUUAGAGCAGCUGCAGGAGGGGGCAAAGCCCGUCAACUUUCCCCCCGACGACCCCCGCUGUGACCCCCAACAGACCGGUGCCUGGGGGCCAUGGCAGUGACCUGUGACUACAACUAUUAUUAAUGUUUAAUAUAAUAAUAAUUAUUAUUAUUAUAUUAUAUCAGAGUGAUUAUUAUUAUUAGACCUAUUGGGAUAAACAUAUAGUAAUUUAUUUAGACAGCCAAAAAUAAAAAUACACGAAAUAAAAUCAAUCAAUCAAAAAUUGAUCUCAAUCAUGAUUAACUUUACUAAGGAGACAGCAGUUAAAAUUCAUUAAAUCAGUGAUGAUUCUUUUAGAUAAAUAAACAAUUGUGACUGAUUUAAUGAUGAUAUUUUGAGUUAUUUAGGAAGAUGGGUGGGGGUUAUGGAAGCGUGUUAAUUCAGGAUUAUAGUGAGGAUGAAGAUUUUAUUAAUGAAGAGUCAUAUCUCUAAAUGCUUCCUGUCAUUUUUCAUCAAUAUGAUUAUAAUGACGAUUCAUUUAGAGGAAAUCUGAGUCAAUAAGGAGUGAGCUAUCCAUAUUGGAUCAGGUGUGAAGGAUUUCUUUAGAUGAACUGAGGAAAAACAGGAAGUCUGAGUGAGCAAGACAGUCAGGGACAGAACUGAUGAUUUUAUUGUAUUGAGACGAAUCUGAGAUAAAGAAUCUGAGUCAAAUCUCUACAUGUGCUCUCUGCUCUAGAACAUUCCAGAGUGAUCUCUUUAAGUGGUUUCAGUGUUUACAUGGACCUGCUCACUUCUUUGUGUGUGUGUGUGUGUAUGUGUGUGUGGGCGCCUGCCUGUGUUUUAUCUACAGAUGUAUUUACUUCUGUUAAUAUAGUACUAUUAAUUAUGUACAGUACAGUAUUGCUGGGCGAUUUUCAAAAUGUACUAAUCGUUAAUAUAUAUAUAUAUAUAUAUAUAUAUAUA